AUGACACCUUUUUUACCUCCCAAAUGUUUAUGUAAAAUAUUUCAGAAUUUAACAGAUCAAGAAACAUUAUAUUCUUGUUUAUUCGUAAAUCGAUUAUGGUGUGCCAUAUCCGUCGAAUUUUUAUGGUCGAAACCAUUUCAUUUCAUCCAUACCUGUCGGAAAUCUCUUCCAUCAAUAUCAUUAUCAUCAGGAUCAACAUUUCGAAAUAAUAAUAACAAUAAAUCGAUAUCUUCGGCGACGACUUCUUCAAUAACGUCAACAUCAAUAACAUCAACAUCGUCUUGCUUAAGUAGUGAUGAAAAGACAUUAUUGAUGGAAAGUGGAAUUGAAUUAUCUGAUGAUCUACUACAAUCUCCAUUAUUCGAUUAUGCGGAAUUCAUAAAAGGAGAAGGAACAGUAGAAGUAGUCGAAGUCGGAGGAGUUGGAGGAUAUAAAAUAUCUCCAAAAUUAAAAAAGAAGAGCUCAAUUAAAAAAUUCAGAUUAUCAAAUGUGGUUAAAUUUAUAACGAAGACGAUAAAUAAUCAUCGAAGAGGAUAUGGAAGUAAUCACGAUCAUCAAGCUAGAAGAAAUAGCGAAUCAAGUUAUUAUAGUGUUGCUAGUAGUUUUGAUACCACAUGUACUUCUUCUUCUUCAACUCCUUCAAAAAGAUUAAUUACUGAAUUUUUAUGUCAAUUAAUAAUGAGAAAAUGUCCCGCCUUACGUCAAUUAUCAAUUGAUAGGAUAGAUUUAAAUCGUUCCGAAAUUUAUUCUUCGAAAGAUGAAUUAUUUCGUUGUUCAACAUUACGAGCUCAAUUAUCGGAUCGAUUUCAAAAUCGACUUAUACCUGAACAAUAUUUGUUACUUCCCAUUUACCCUGGAGCUACUCGAGCCUUAGAAUCAUUAAAUGAAUUAAUAGUUACUACGCAAUUAGAAGAUGAAUCGAAAAGUUUGGCAAUAUUAAUUAAUUCACAAAAAGCAUUAAAACAAUUUGAUUUAUAUUGUUGCGAAAUUGGAUCAUCAAUAAUAAUGAAUUCAUUAAAAUCCCAAACUCAAUCAUUAAAAUCUAUAACAUUUAAUGAUAUCAAAUUUUGGAAAUGGGAUUCAUCUUCUUUGGAUUUUUUAGGUGAUUGCUUGAAAUUAGAAAAAUUGAUUUUUAAUUCAUGUCACGGGUUAACCGAAGAAUUAUUAAAUUCCAUGAUUGAUGUGAAAUAUCAAGGAUUAAAUACUAUCAUAAUGGAAAAUUCGAUUACUCCGGUUAACAUCUUGGGAUCAGUAAUAAUUAAUUCGAUGGAUAAAAUUAGAACUAUUAAUCUUGGACAUUCUACAUAUUGUUCACAACUUCGUAAUUUUAGUUCUUAUAUUGAUUCCGAAGAUUUAAAUCAAUUAUUUAAUCUAUUUACAUCUUGUAAAAAUCUUGAAACUGUUACAAUCUACGGACCAAUAUCAUCUGAAAUCGAGACCACCAAUUUAUUAUUAAGAUUAUCCCAACAAGAAUUACCAAAUUUAAGAUCACUCUCAAUACAAGCUGCAUGGAAAUUUACAUCACUCGCAUUAGAUCAAUUUUUGAUAAAUUCCAAACCAUCAUUAAAAUAUUUGGAGUUUCGAAAUUCCAGAUGUUUUAAUGAUAAACAUUUGAAAGUGAUCAUAAAAAAUUUAGGGAAAGAAUUAAAUAUAUUAAAGUUACAUAUCACCGAACCAUUAAAUGAAGAAUUGGUGGGGGAAGCUAAAAGGGAAAUCGAAUUACGAGGACGAAUAAAAGAUUUAAGAAAUUCCGAAGUUAAAAGAAUUUCAUCACCAUUAAGAAAACAACGUGGUUUUGGUAGUUUCGGGAUUGGAAGUUUUGGUAUUGGAAAUUUUAGUUUUGGGAAUUUUGUUAUGAUGAUGAGAGGUGGUAAUUUAGUAAGAAUUGAUAAAUAUUAUGGGGAAAGACGUGAUAGUCAAGGAAAUACAUAUCGAUUUGAUAAACUUGGAAAUUUUCUUCAAAUUGAUUCGGAAGGGAAUGUAAUUGUUGUUGUAGAAGAUAGUGAUGGUAAUAUAUUUCGACUUGAUAAUAACGGCAAUCUCUUUAAAAUUGAUCGAUCUGGUAAUUUCUGUCGAAUUGAUCCGGAAGAUAAAAUUCAUAGCCAAUAUAUUGAAGCGAUGAAAAGUGAUAUUAACAAUAAAAAUGGUGGUAACGUUGGUGAUAGCGAUGAAAUUGGCAACGGAAACAGCAGUCGAAAAGAUAGUAAAGAUAGUAGUAAUAAUAGUACUAUUUCCGUAAGACGAGAUAGUGAAGGUAGUUUAUAUAAAUUUGAUAAUAAUGGCAAUCACUUUAAAAUCGAUCGUUAUGGUAAUAUAUCUAAAGUUGGAACCGAAAAUAAUAAAGAUAAGGGUGGAAAUGCCGAAACUACUGUUAAUGGAAGUAAAACUGUAAAUACUUUCGGAAGUGUCGGAAGUGUUGUUGUUGGUGAUAGUAAUAUUGGUGGUAGUAUUAAAGGAAUAUUAAUAAACAAUAGUACUAAUAAUAUUCAAGAUGGGCUUGUACAAGUGGAAUAUUGGGAACCUGUUACUAGGUCACUCGACGAUAUUGAUCUUUGUUUUCCUAAGAAAAGGUGA